AAAAGCACCAAGAAAUUAAAAAACUCAAAACACAACUAACUCAAGAACGAGAAAAGGUGAAUGCCGAACAAGCCGCUCAUGCUAAUACCCAAGCAGAAUUAGCCCGAAAAGAAACUAAUUUACAAAUCAUUCAAGAACAAUUAACCGCUGCUCGCGGAACCAUUACUCACUUAACUACUGAAUGCCAGCAACAAAAGCAACGAGCCGACACUUACGAAACUGACCUUAAAACGGAAUUUAAUAUUCCGGAGGCGGAACGAGAUAAUUAUUUACAACAAAGAGACCAUUACCAAAACCAAUUAGCAACUCACACUUGCUCCCCCCUUAAUUGCCCCCAACCUUGUUGUCAAGGAGAUUAUGAAAGAUUGCAACAAAAACUAACUACGCAAAAAAAGCAAAUCCUCCAAAAAAUAAAUAAUUCCUUGGAACUCGGAUUAACUAGUCGCGAGUUAAGUUUAAAAAAAGUGAUUAGCAAAAUUGAAGAACUACUUAGAAAUCCCGCAACUGAAUUGACCCACGCUCAACAGACGAUUAAAUUAUUAAAAAAACAAUUAACUACAAAAGUCCCCGAUUAUCAGACCAUCCAGCAAGCCGAAUAUCAAAAACUAUUGCAAUUAGUCAAGGAGGAUACUCUCCAAAAUU